AUGGUUACUGGCGGCGAUGAUGCAACGCUUUUAUUAUGGAUCAUUUUGACCUUGACAGUAAACCCUGAGCCAGUUGUAUCCAAACGUCAAGAGAACAGUGCCCAUGCAUUACACAAAAGGGAAAAGCAUGUUCAGUUACUUCACGGCCGGUGUGGUGAGAGGCCGGAUGGUGAGAGGACGAGCGGCCCCUUGCAGAUGAGUGCCAACCUCGAGGCGGCGUGUGCUACUGCCAGUGCCAGCCGCUCGCCGCUCGUGGCUUGCCGCUUGUGUCCCAGACUCACCCCUGCGCCCCCACCUCCAAAGAGGUGUACGCGCAUAUCUGCCCACACUGGAAGAACCACCACCACUACCGCCACCACUAUUACAUCACGCGCCCCUAGCAUCUCUACAAUGAAUGCGGCCUCAGCACCUCACCUCGCCACUGUUUACCGCCCUAAGCACCGUAGCACUGCCACCUCCAGUGUCCAGUCACGCCAUCACGCUAAAUCUUAACGCUAAGAGUUGCGCAAAUACAGAUGCGAGACCAAAAAUAGAAAGACUGAAGAUAUUUUUUGUAUUUUUAAAGCAAAUUAUGUUAUAUUAUCAAAAAAUUUAUAUAUAUUUAUUACAUAAGAACUUUGAAACUUAAGAUGAUAAGGGAAACUGUUUGUGCAAUGAUAAUAUAGAGCUCUGUACGGUUAAAACUACAAUUGGUACUUUUUUUUUUUCCAGCUACAUCAUCAUAUCUUCUCUUUAUCGCCCUCAUAGUAAGCAUCACCAAGUAAAUGAGUUCAUUGCAAUAAUGGAUAACCUACUCUCACAAAACAUAUUAACUAAUAAUAAAACAAUAUUUUUAGGAAAUUUCAACAUUAAUCUCCUAGAACACAGUUUUCAUCCACCAACUAACAACUUUGUAAGCACAAUGCAAUCUCUUAACUAUUUUCCUCAUAUAUCCCGGCCCACUAGAUUUCCCGACGACAACUCCACUGUCUCCCCCUCCCUCUUGGACCACAUAUGGACAAAUUUCACAGUUCCCUCAUCCCCUGGUAUCUUUCUGUCUCCCUUAAGUGACCAUCUUCCAGUGUUCCUAAACCUUCCGAUCCUUGAGAAGAUCAACGAUAAUCAUCGAGUAACCUUUAGACAAAAAACCGGGAAACCCGAGCAAAUUUUAGAGGAAAAUUAUCAGAAAUCAAUUUAAAUGCUUUGUUAAUACACGAAAACACAAACAUAAAAUGCAAUCUGUUUCUGGACAAAGUGUACAUUAUAUACUAUUCCUCUUUCCCUAAAAUGACAAAAUUCAUUUCAAAUAAAAGACUUGAAAAACCAUGGAUCACUCAAGGGUUGAUAAAAAUCUAUACAACACAAAUUUGCUCUCUAUAAAGCAUAUAAAAUAGGAAUGAUCAACUUUGAUAUUUACAAACAUUAUAGAAAAUAUCUAACAAACCUCAUUAAGCUCACUAAAAAGAAAUUAUUAUUUACCAAGAUUUUCAGAUUUUAGACUAAAUACAAAGAAAAUAUGGGAAACAAUAAAUGAACUCUCAAAUAGCAAGACUAAAAUGAACACAACAAUCAACCAAACUAAAAACACCCCACAUGAAAUAUCAAAUGCAUUUAAUGACUAUUUUUCAAACAUUGCCCCUGAACUUGCACACAAACUGCCACCCACAGAAAU